AUGGUCCACGAGCCACCAUCAUGGCCCUCUGUACCAGAUGCUUCGCACGCGUCGUCAAAUUCACCGUGGGCCAUGGCGGAGCAUACGCCGCGCAAGCCCACGUCCAGGAAGCGGCGCCUCCUACCUGCGAUAUCUUUACCCGUGGCUGUCGUCGCCCUCGCCGCCCUGCUAAGCUACCCCGUUGUUGCCGCGCGGGAUACUCUGGAACCGAAAAGCAUCACACCGGCCUCCCCCGACAAGCCGACGUUUCCUUCAUCCGUGGCAGAUGCGACAACUGUGAUACCUACGGCGAGUUCGAUGCCUCUUACGGAGCAUGCCCUGGAGCUGCGAAAUGCCCCUCACGAUGGGCGCGGAUUCGGAGACGACGUCCCUCCUACUGGCGGCGGGAAAGUCGUCAAACGAUCGGCUGCUACGAGCAGCAGCAACUCACCUCCCCUACCUUCGCCUUUCGAUACCCCAGUUCCCUCCGCUUUUCAACUUCCCGGCAGAGGGACCUCUUGUCCCACUUUUAUAUACACGUUACUCUCGAAUCCAACCUUCAAGAGCUGUUACCCUCUCUCUAUGCUGAUGCAGACCUCGACGGGAUUCUUCAAUGCCGAGAAACAACUAGUGAGCCUCGUCCGAGUGCUUGAUGCCAGCUGUGCCGCCGAUGUCACCAGCUGCAGCUCCUUCCUCGGCAAAGCGGCGCAAAACUUGACCGCAGACGGAAACUGCAAAUCCGAGUUUGACCAAAACCAGACUCAAGUCAUACAAGCCUACCGUGGGUUGAAAGCCUACAAAGUUCUUUAUUCGGCCACUUGCCUCCAAAACCCGAUUACCAACUCGUAUUGCUUCGCCAACGCCGUGACGAAUCUGUCGACCCCGUCAGAUUCCUACCUGUACUUUAUGCCCUACGGCCUUGCCUUGCCCGGCGCAUCGACACCGACCUGCUCCUGGUGCACUCAAAACACCAUGUCGGUAUAUCACUCGGCAGCAGCCGAUAGAAGACAGCCGGUUGCAUCCAAGUACGAAGAUGCAGCCCGACAGAUCAACACUAUAUGUGGCCCCAACUUUGUGAACCUCACCCUGCCGUCACCCGCGAGUGAAGCUUUGGCCAUUGUCAUACCAUCAUAUAUUGUUGUUCUUGCAAACGCGAUUUUCGCUGUUGUACUAUCUACCCGGCUCCUAUAA